AUGCAACAGAACGGAGACCUCACCCCUUCUCCUUUCUCCGCUCCUCCCACUUUUCUACCCGGCGUCACUCGGGAGAACCGGAGAUUGGCAUUGAGGGGGCUGAGUUCGGGUGGUGGCGCCGGGCGCAGCGCAGGGGUCACGGCGACGGCGGCUGCUGACGGCUGGAAGGGCAGGCUUCCUUCGCCGCUUGUCCUCCUUCCCCGGUCCGCUCGGUGUCAGGCGCGGCGGCGGCGGCGCAGCGGCCGGACUUCGUGCUUCCUCCAGCUCCCCCCGGCGCCGGAGCGGGCACUCUUCCCUUCGCCAUCUCCCGACCCUUCACCCCGGCUACUGGGCGCCUCCUCCGGCGCAGCUCAGGGAGCGGGGGCCGGUCUCCCGCUCGGCUGUCGCGCCUCCAUGUCGGAUAACCAGAGCUGGAACUCGUCGGGCUCGGAGGAGGAUCCAGAGACGGAGUCCGGGCCGCCUGUGGAGCGCUGCGGAGUCCUCAGCAAGUGGACAAACUACAUUCAUGGGUGGCAGGAUCGUUGGGUAGUUUUGAAAAAUAAUACUCUGAGUUACUACAAAUCUGAAGAUGAGACAGAGUACGGCUGCAGAGGAUCCAUCUGUCUUAGCAAGGCUGUCAUCACACCUCAUGAUUUUGAUGAAUGUCGAUUUGAUAUUAGUGUAAAUGAUAGCGUUUGGUAUCUUCGUGCUCAGGAUCCAGAUCACAGACAACAAUGGAUAGAUGCCAUCGAACAGCACAAGACCGAAUCUGGAUAUGGAUCUGAAUCCAGCUUGCGUCGACAUGGCUCUAUGGUGUCACUGGUGUCUGGAGCAAGUGGCUAUUCUGCAACAUCCACCUCUUCAUUCAAGAAAGGCCACAGUUUACGUGAAAAACUGGCUGAAAUGGAAACCUUUAGAGAUAUCCUGUGUAGACAAGUUGAUACUUUACAGAAGUACUUUGAUGCCUGUGCUGAUGCUGUCUCCAAGGAUGAACUUCAAAGGGAUAAAGUGGUAGAAGAUGAUGAAGAUGACUUUCCUACAACACGUUCCGAUGGAGACUUCUUGCAUAAUACUAAUGGCAAUAAGGAAAAGUUAUUUCCACAUGUAACACCAAGAGGAAUUAAUGGUAUAGACUUUAAAGGGGAGGCGAUAACUUUUAAAGCAACUACUGCUGGAAUCCUUGCUACACUUUCUCACUGUAUUGAACUGAUGGUAAAACGUGAGGACAGCUGGCAAAAAAGACUGGAUAAGGAAACUGAGAAGAGAAGAAGAAUAGAAGAAGCAUACAAAAAUGCCAUGACAGAACUUAAGAAAAAAUCCCACUUUGGAGGACCAGAUUAUGAGGAAGGUCCAAACAGUCUGAUUAAUGAAGAAGAGUUCUUUGAUGCUGUUGAAGCUGCUCUUGACAGACAAGAUAAAAUAGAAGAACAGUCACAGAGUGAAAAGGUCAGAUUACAUUGGCCUACAUCCAUGCCAUCUGGAGAUGCCUUUUCUUCUGUGGGGACUCAUAGGUUUGUCCAAAAGCCCUAUAGUCGCUCUUCCUCCAUGUCUUCCAUUGAUCUCGUCAGUGCCUCUGACGAUGUUCACAGAUUCAGCUCCCAGGUUGAAGAGAUGGUGCAAAACCACAUGACUUACUCAUUACAGGAUGUAGGUGGAGAUGCUAAUUGGCAGUUGGUUGUAGAAGAAGGAGAAAUGAAGGUAUAUAGAAGGGAAGUAGAAGAAAAUGGGAUUGUUUUGGAUCCUUUGAAAGCUACCCAUGCAGUGAAAGGCGUUACAGGACACGAAGUCUGCAAUUACUUCUGGAAUGUUGAUGUUCGCAAUGACUGGGAAACAACUAUAGAAAACUUUCAUGUGGUGGAAACAUUAGCUGAUAAUGCAAUCAUCAUUUAUCAAACUCACAAGAGGGUGUGGCCUGCUUCUCAGCGAGAUGUAUUAUAUCUCUCUGCCAUUAGAAAGAUACCGGCCUUGACUGAAAAUGACCCCGAAACUUGGAUAGUGUGUAAUUUUUCUGUGGAUCACGACAGUGCUCCGCUAAACAAUCGAUGUGUCCGUGCCAAAAUAAAUAUUGCUAUGAUUUGUCAAACCUUGGUAAGCCCACCAGAGGGAAACCAGGAGAUCAGCAGGGACAACAUUCUAUGCAAGAUUACGUAUGUAGCUAAUGUGAACCCUGGAGGAUGGGCACCAGCCUCAGUGUUAAGGGCAGUGGCAAAGCGAGAGUAUCCAAAGUUUCUAAAACGCUUUACUUCUUAUGUCCAAGAAAAAACUGCAGGAAAACCUAUUUUGUUCUAGUAUUAACAGUGACUGAAGCAAGGCUGUGUGACAUUCCAUGUUGGAGGAAAAAAAUAAAAAACAAAAUUGAAUGCUCUAA